AUGCUUUUAGGAGAGAGGAAAGAAUCAUAUAAGUCAGGAGAUCAAGUGAUUUACAGAUGUCCAAAAUUUUACCAAGUGGAUGGGUCCAACACUAUAACAUGUAUUAAUGGCAAAUGGAUAGGAAAGCCAAUGUGCAAAGAUAUUUCCUGUGUGAAUCUACCUAAAGUGGAAAAUGCUAAUAUAAUAUCAAAACAGAUGCUUAAGUAUCCAUCUGGUGAGAGAGUACGUUAUGAAUGUAUCAAACCUUUUGAAAUAUUUGGGGAAGUAGAAGUGAUGUGUCUAAAUGGAAUUUGGACAGAGCCACCUCAGUGCAAACAUUCCACAGGAAAAUGUGGGCCUCCUCCACCUAUUGACAAUGGAGACCUCACUUCAUUCCCAUUAGCAGUAUAUCCUACGGGAUCAUCAGUUGAAUAUCAGUGCCAAUCCUUAUAUCAACUUGAAGGUAGCAAGACAGUAAUAUGUAGAAAUGGAAAGUGGUCAAACCCACCAAAAUGUUUACAUAAGUACUUCAAUGCAUGUGUAAUAUCAGAAGAAAUCAUGGAAAGAUACCACAUAACCUGCAGGUGGAAAGGACAGCAAAAGCUUUAUGCUUCAUCAGGGGACAUAGUUGAUUUUGUGUGUAAAUAUGGAUAUUCUGCAUCAACGCGACCUCAAUCAUUUCUUACAAGGUGUAUUGAUGGUCACCUGGAAUAUACCGUUUGUACAUAAGAGCUACUCUUAAUCUCAUUAAAAUGUGCACUUAAAUUCAGAAUUUUUAUUAUUAAUCUAGUUUUCAAUUUUAUUUUAAAACAUUGUUUAACUCAUUUU